AUGUUGAACUUCAACUAUCCACUUCUCCAACUUCUCAUUCUUAUUCUAACCUUUUCAUUUCCAGUGACCCUCUCCAACCAUGAAGCCAUACAAUCAUUACUUCACCGCUUGGAUUCCAAAAGGGCACUUCCAUCCGUGCAAGAAACCGCAGCUAGAGGUGUUCUCAGAAGACUUCUUCCCACCCAUUUGUCCAGUUUUGAGUUCAAGAUAGUUUCAAAGGAUGUCUGUGGUGGAAACAGUUGUUUUAUGAUAAACAAUCACAAAAAGACAAGGCAUAAUGGGCCUGAGAUUAUUAUUAAAGGAACCACAGGUGGCGUUCAGACAAGUUCGAUCCCCAAGCCGGGGUCACUACCCCUUUUUAAAGAUGACGGCGUGAAGAUUAAACGCCCUGUUCCAUGGAACUAUUAUCAAAACGUCGUGACUUCAAGUUAUUCGUUUGUUUGGUGGGAUUGGGAAAGGUGGGAAAAAGAGGUAGACUGGAUGGCACUUCAAGGGGUGAACCUGCCCUUGGCAUUCACCGGGCAGGAAGCUAUCUGGCAAGAGGUUUUUAAGGAUUUUAACAUUAGUUCAGAAGAUUUGAACAGUUUCUUUGGUGGACCUGCUUUCCUUGCUUGGGCGCGCAUGGGAAAUUUACAUGGAUGGGGUGGGCCUUUAUCUCAAAACUGGUUAGAUCAACAAUUGGUCCUACAGAAACAGAUAAUCUCUCGAAUGCUGGAGCUAGGGAUGACUCCAGUGUUACCAUCCUUCUCUGGAAAUGUUCCGGCUGCUUUGACAAAGAUAUUUCCUUCGGCAAAAAUAACCAGACUUGGUGACUGGAACACCGUUGAUGCUGAUCCCCGCUGGUGCUGCACGUACCUUCUUGAUCCCUCCGAUCCUCUAUUUGUUGAAAUUGGGGAGGCUUUUAUCCGCAAACAAAUUAAAGAAUAUGGGGAUGUAACAGACAUAUACAACUGUGACACCUUUAACGAAAACUCCCCACCUACUAGUGAUCCAGACUAUAUAGCAACUCUUGGUGCUGCAGUAUAUCAAGGCAUUUCCAAGGGUGACAAAGAUGCCGUGUGGUUAAUGCAAGGCUGGCUCUUCUACUCUGAUUCAUCAUUCUGGAAGCCACCUCAAAUGAAAGCACUUUUACAAUCUGUUCCAGUUGGGAAAAUGAUCGUUCUUGAUCUAUUUGCUGAAGUAAAACCAAUAUGGAAAACUUCCUUUCAGUUUUAUGGUACUCCUUAUAUAUGGUGCAUGCUACACAAUUUUGGUGGCAAUCUUGAAAUGUACGGUGUUUUGGAUGCAAUUGGUUCAGGGCCUGUUGAUGCUCGUGUCAGUGCAAACUCGACAAUGGUAGGUGUUGGUAUGUGCAUGGAAGGGAUAGAGCACAAUCCGAUUGUUUUCGAGCUAAUGUCUGAAAUGGCAUUUCGUGAUGAGAAAGUUAAAAUUAAUGAAUGGAUCAAGAGUUACUCCCAUAGACGAUAUGGUAAAGCAAUUCAUCAAGUUGAUGCUGCAUGGGAGAUCCUUUAUCAUACAAUAUACAACUGUACUGACGGAAUUGCUGAUCAUAACCAUGAUUAUAUUGCGAUGCUUCCUGACUGGGAUCCAUCCACAAACGAUAAAUCUGCCGGUAUGCCACAGGCUCAUUUGUGGUAUCCUCCCGAAGACGUAAUCAAAGCAUUACAACUAUUCCUAGCCGGUGGAAAGAAUCUCACGGGAAGUCUCACAUAUAGGUACGACCUCAUUGAUUUGACACGACAAGUAUUAUCGAAAUUUGCAAACCAAGUAUACAUCAAGGCAAUUGCAUCGUUUCAGACAGAGAAUAUUGAUGCCUUGCAUUUGAACAGCCAUAAGUUUCUCCAACUGAUUAAAGAUAUUGAUUUAUUGCUUGCUUCUGAUGAUAACUUCCUUCUUGGAACUUGGCUCGAGAGUGCCAAAAAACUCGCAGUAAAUCCAAGUGAGUUGAAGCAGUACGAAUGGAAUGCUAGGACACAAGUAACCAUGUGGUUUGACACAAAUGAAACUACUCAGAGCAAGCUCCACGAUUACGCUAACAAAUUUUGGAGCGGGAUUCUGGAAAACUACUAUCUCCCACGUGCUUCAACCUAUUUUAGUCAUUUAUCAGAAAGCUUGAAACACAAUGAGAAGUUCAACUUGAUCGAGUGGCGAAAACAAUGGAUUCCAAUGUCAAACAAAUGGCAAGAAGGUAAUGAGCUAUAUCCAGUUAAGGCCAAAGGAGAUGCUCUAACAAUUUCACAAGCUCUUUAUGAAAAGUACUUUUCAUAA